AUGGAAAUUCCGUUGAGAAGCGAUAAAUGGAUUCUUGAAUGGAUUAAUGGACAACCGUUCGAGAAGUGUACUCAUGAAACCGGAAGUAUUCCUGCUGACAGCAGUAGCAAACAAAAUAUAAGAGCUUCUGAUAUUACAACAUGUGAUGAUGAUGGCAAUGAAACACUGUCAUAUGAUGAUGGAUAUGAGGAAAACGAGUUGAAUUGGCUGAGAGCUAUCACUAACAGACAGAAAGCAAAAAUUCAAGAACUUAACGAAGGGAAAAAAAUGUUAUCCAUCGAACUUGCCCAACUCAAAGAUACCAUAUUAAACGAAAAGCUACUAGAAGAUUUGAAUAAUUUUAAACGAGAAUAUGUAUUUUUGCUACAAAGCUGUAUUAAAAUUUCACUUGAUGAACAACAGGCUGUUGAUGUCCUUCAGGCUAAACUACUCGGUAGCCAUAUUCAUAAAAAGCGUGUGAUAAGUUUGUUAAAUGAAGCGCGAGCAAUUGAUCCAACAUUACCAACUUUUGAAAGUUUAACAUUAUUUGGAAAUUAUUUGGACAUCUUUGGAUUUCAACGAUCAUUUGACGAUGAAGAAUUAGCAUUGCAUUAUAUUUGCACGCAAUUGUACGCGCUCUAUUUGGAAUGCACACCUGCGCAAUUGCAACACCGAAUUGCGUGGAAACGAUACUUACGUGAUUGCAAUUAUCAACUUUGCAACAAGAGUGAAGUACGUAUGCUUAUUCGAACUGGCAUACCCGGCGAUUUAAGGCCAAACAUUUGGAAAUUACUCAUUCAUCAACAGGUUGCUGAUAUUAAGAAAAAAUUUGGUAAAUAUUAUUUUUGUGAUUUAUGCAAUAUGCGUGGAUCACUCGAUGAAACAGAGUACAGAGAUAGUCAUCAAAAACAAAUAACGUUGGAUUUAUUGCGUACAUUACCUGGCAAUAUACAUUUCAUGUCACCAACUUGUAAAGGAAUUCAACAAUUAGAGCAAGUACUCCGUGCUUUCUGUUUUCAUAAUCCGGUAAUCGGUUACUGUCAGGGAAUGAAUUUCAUUGCUGGAACAGCGAUGCUUUUCCUUGGUGUCGAAGAUACAUUUUGGUUUUUGGUUGCGGUUACUGAAAAAUACUUCCAUAAGUCAUAUUUUGAUUAUGCAUUAACCGGAGCACAAGCUGAUCAGGAAGUACUGAAAGAAUUGGUUGCAAGAAGAUUACCUCGAUUAGCUGCUCAUUUGGAUCAAUGUGGUAUCGAUUUAGCUACGGUAACGCUGAAUUGGUUUUUGGCAAUAUUUUAUGAUGCUGUACCUUUUCAGACAAUGAUUCGAAUUUGGGAUUGUUUCCUUUUGGAUGGUACAAAAGUGCUCUUUCGAUUUGCGCUUGCAAUUUUAUCCAUUCAUGAAAAGGAGGUACUUCAGCGAAGUGAUACCAUAUCAGUUAUCAAAAUUCUCAAAGCAUCCGUUCGUCUAACGUAUGAUUACGAAGGAUUACUCAACUUGGCAUUCGACAGUAUGCAACCAUUUCCAUCACGCUCUGAAAUUGAACAUAAACAAAAAUGGUACUUAAAUUUACUACGAGAACGAUUAAAUCGUAAAGAACAAUUACGGAAAGUGUUUACAUCAUUAUCAUUGGAAAGAUCUCGAUUUCCAUCGAUUGAAGUUGUAACAUUUAGCAUGGAUCGGGAAGGUACAGGUUACAUUUGUGCAGGUCAUCAAACGAAAGGUAUUAUUGUUCGUUUUAGUCUUAAUAGUAAAAUUUCAACUAUGGAAAAACUUGAUACUGAAUUUGAUUGUAAAAUUUUUUCAAUGGUAUUAAGAAAAGGUGAAAUUGCAUAUGUUUCAUUAUUAUCUCGUUACAUUGUUGCAUUGCAAAUUAAAGAUAUGAAAAGUGAAAUAUUGUGGGAAUUGAAAAUAUCCGAUAUUGCGCUUAAAUUAUUAUACAAAGAUGGACUUUUGUAUGCAGCACUUGCCAACGGUGUACUUACCAUUUUUGAGAAUGUGAACGAAAUCGUACCGAAUGUCAUCGAAAUGCUUAAUUUACCGAUCAGCACAGCGCCGAUUACAGAAAUGAGUGUUGUUGAUGAUACAUUAUGGCUUGCAACUGCAUGUAAAGUAACAAUUAUUUGUACCAAAUCGCUAACAACAUUUCGGAAAAUUUACGUUGCCUCGACGGUAUCUGUUCAUGGCUCACCAAUGUUUGAAAAAAUUCGCUGUAUGUGUCCAUCAUCGUACGGAGUUUGGAUUGCGACAGCGCAUUCGCAAGUGUUACAACUUUGGAAGGACAAUGAAUGCAUUCUAAUUUUAGACUUAGGAAAAGAGCAGUAUAGCAACGCACCUCAACGACCCACAGAAAUAACAUCGGUGAUGUGUGUUCGAGAACAGGUAUGGAUUGGUACCUUAGAUGGAUACCUGUUAAUAUAUCAUAUCAUUCCACAGCAUUAUCAGCAAACAACAACCAGUGCAACACAUUCUAAUAGCCUAUCCAAAUUUAGCAACAGUUAUGUGUCAAAGAUCGAGAAAGCAACACAUCCCGCAAUAUUUCUUCCCAGUAAAAAUGAGGUACGGUACGAUGAAUCAGUAAGCGAAAAUGCAUGUCGUUUCACUUCCAAUAUUCCGCGCAAAACAUCUGUUAAAAUUGACUGGAACUCUCGGAAGUAUAACGUUUUUUGGAAACAAUUUGAAGAAUCGAUGCCUGCAGAGAAGGAGCUGAAAUCGCAUACAAUCGAUCAAAAGCCGACGAUAACGAUCAAUUCGCCCUUAAAUUCUUCGUCUGAUUCAAUUUACAAUGAGCCUCUAUCAAAAGUUCCGGUACGAAGGCGUUUGGCAUUCCUUCAAUCAUCCAUAACAAGAAAUAAGAAAUAUUGGUGGAGAAUGAGUGGCAGUAAAAGAAAAAAUUUAGAUGUUGGAUUAGGGUCACCAUCGAUUUCACAUCAUUCCCUUGAAUUUGACGAUUUAUUUGAGCUUUAUUCAGAAGAAAGCAAUCGAGCUCAUAGAAGUGGGAAGACGAAAAAGCGAUCAGAUUUGCAUAAUUCACCAAAAAUUUCAUCACCGACUAAUAUUAAAGGAAACUUUUCCAAUGAAAUGUUGAAGCUUAGAAGGAAAGAUUUAGAAUUCGAUGAGUUCAUUCAACAAAAAGAAUCCAAUUCAGCUGAAAAUAAUGAUAAGGAGGGAAAAAUGUGCGAGAAAGAUGAAACUUUGAGGCCAAAGAUUACUUUGGUACUUGAAAUGAAGCUAAAAAUAUCAGAUAAACAGGUCAGCUGCAGUGUCCAUACCAGAAUUGGCGAGGAAACGGUGGUGGUAACGUGUGCAGGUGAUUACGGUGAUAUGGAGUCAAUAUUGAAGUGGACCAUUGAUCAAAAGGUAGAGGAUGGACGAGAGUUAUGGGUAAACGAUCCGAUUGCUGAUGGAUCCAGUUGGGAUGCCAAAAAAUUUUGA